AUGUCCGCGGCCUCGCGGGGGCGUCCCCGCACCGCCGCCGCACCGCCGCCUCCGCCCGCAACAGAGCUCCGUGACCGCCGGCAGCCCGGGGCCGGGGGUGUGGGUGGGCCCGGGGCCCGGGGCCGGGCCGGGAGGCUGCGGGUGCUGCUGGACAUGGAUGGGGUUUUGGCUGAUUUCGAGGCGGGGUUCCUGCACAGGUAUCGGCGGAUGUUCCCCGCGGAGCCCUGUGUACCGCUGUCAGACCGCAGAGGGUUUUGGGUCUCCGCUCAGUACGAGAGUCUGAAGCCCGGACUGUGUGAAAAGGCAAUUAGCGUUUGGGAGUCGAAGAAUUUCUUUAUUGAACUUGAUCCCAUUCCUGGUGCAGUGAAGGCUGUGAAAGAGAUGACCAGUUUGAAAAACACGGAUGUAUUCAUCUGCACCAGCCCAAUACCGAAGUUCGACCACUGCCCUUAUGAGAAAUACGCCUGGGUAGAGAAGCAUCUUGGCAAAGAGUUUCUGGAACAGAUUGUAUUAACGAGGGAUAAAACAUUGAUAUCGGCUGACCUACUGAUAGAUGAUAAAGUCGAUAUAUCAGGUGUGGAGCCCAAUCCCACGUGGGAACACAUUCUCUUCUCGGCCUGCCACAAUAAGCACGUAGAGCUAACAACCCCAAGGAUGCGACUGGGCUCGUGGGCGGACGACUGGAAAGCCAUACUGGACAGCAGGCGCCAGUGAUUUGCACGAGGCCUCAAAAUUUUUAUUAGUAACCCUCAAAGCAAAAGUUCCUGAAAAACAAAGCCAGAUACAGAACUUUAAACUUAAAAAGCAUGUCGCUAUUAACAGUCAUAAGGGCUAGCAUGGAGUUUAAUUUAAUGCAAAUUUCAAAUUCAUCUGUGAUUUAAAUUUCGUAUUUUUAUUUUUCAUUAAGGAUGUGACUCUUUUUUGCUCCUUUGCAAGCAAAAUCCACUGCUGUUUGAUAUGAAAGUCCCAAUCUCAGCAUUUAAUUGUUUAGUUGUUUGGAGUCUAUGGUAUUUCAUCGUUUGGAGUUUAAAGGAGAACCAGAAAGACCUGCCUUUUGACUUGCACACUCUCGUGGUUUGUGAUGAAUCAUUAGAGUGAACUUCAUACUUACUGAUUCUCGAUAGCUGCUUACAACUUCCUUGACUUGCCAUCUUAGCCUAUUGUAAUAUAGGGUUGUGGCUUCCUUUGUCAAUCAUGCCAUGAAACAAUGUCCAGUCAAUCGUUAUUCCUCAGAUGGACUUUGAACCUCUGGCUGCACAAAGGAGAUCAAAUUCCCUUUGGAUCAUGAUGUUUCACACUGAAUUUGAGUUAUCUACACUGUGCAUUAUGCCAGGUUUUAUUACCUGCUUCUGUUUCAUCAUCCGCCUCUUGAAGCCAAAAAGGUGGGAAAGUAGAGACACCUGUCCACUCUACUUGUUGUCUACAUUAUUGUGAUGCCAUGUCCUAGCUGGGGUCUACUUUCACACAUACAAGGGUUUAACAUGGAAAACCGUGUUGUGAUGGGGUGAUAUCAGCUUGCAAGUUUAUGCCACUGGAGGAGACAGAAGCUUAAUGUAGCUCAGGGCAGAGCGGUGAAGUGCUCUUUAAACUUUGCCACAGUGCCUCCAAUGUCAGUCCACCCUUUGAUAAAACAGUGAGCUGAAUAUGGCAUUUGGUUCUAGCCCACACUCUGCCAUUCAUGAACACUACCUAAGUUCACAUCCUGUUGUGGUUCUCCGAGGGAAAGAGCAGCGCAGGAAGUGACCACGACUGAGUUUAACUGUAAGACAGGCCGGUUUAAUGUCAUUGCGGAAACUAGAGUAUUGUGCUCUGAACUAAGAACCCACUUUACUUAACUUCACUUUCCUCAAAUGUUCUCAAUUGCACAGCUAACAAAAAAUUAUGUUCUUUGUAGUUGGAAGAAAUAUGAACAAACACAUGAAUGUAUGUAUCUAUAUAUCAAAUACAGACAGAAAAUAAGUAAAGUGACUCAAUGUUCAGGUGAAUGUAUAAAAUAAACAUAUGAUGUGCGCACAAAGAGAUUUUGCUACAGGAAAAUACAAAAUAUCCUCAGUAGUUGUUAAAUAGAUUUUUUUUUGUCAACAGUUACAAAAAGUUACCUCCUCAUGUUGGUAGAAAAUAUUCCUCUCUCGCCCCCACCUCAGCUGUGACUGCGUUCCCCUAAUAGAGGUAUUUAUAAAUAAUAAAUCGUAACAUAAACAGGAAUAGAUUGAAAGGUGUACAUGAGACACUUUGGUAAUUUUUUUUGCCAGCAGCUCACGGAAGUUAUAACAAAUAAACUGGCCUUACUCCACGACUUUCCUUUCGCAUCAGAAACUCUCCAGUUCCACAGUUUAUUUGGGAAUGACUAAUUCCGUCAAAGGUCUAAGGCACACCAAGAAUAUAGAAACCAUUGUUUCACCCAAUUGUUUUUCUUAAAACUGCAGGUUAAAUUAUGUGCUGUGCAUUUUGACUGAUAUAACAUAAUUUGUACUGUGCUCACACCUACAUUGUAACUGCUGUCAUUCAGCCACAAUGUCCCAAAUCUCAAACUCGUUGCCUCAAUCCCUUUGUCUUUGCCUGUCUUCAAAUCACACCUCUUCAGCCGUGCCUUGAGUCACCUCCCCUCUCUUCCCAGUUUGUCAUCAAAUCGUACACUCUUGAGACGUAUCUGCAUUAAGGAUGCUACAUAAUUGCAAGUUAUUAUUUUCAUAGAUUUUGAGCAAUUAUAAAUCCUGUGAAAUAGUUCUGGGGCAAAUGAGUUCUUAAUUCAAUGUAUCAUUUUAAGGUUCUGUUGUUUUCUGUUUAAAGACUGAAAACUGGCAUUGAGAACUAAAUCGUUUCUUGGGGAGAAAAGGGAUGGUUCCAUUAUACAGCAGUUCUAAAUAAAAGAACUGUACCACUUGUAGAAAGUUGGUAAAGAUGAAAGUGCAGGAGUUGCUAAAUAUUGUGACUGCAUAGGGAAUGUGCCAAUACAACUUAUUCAGUCAAUCUAAAAUUUAAUGCAGCUUCUGUUUUAAUAUUCAUGUACAGUUAGAAACACAUUUGUUCAUUACAUCAUCAAAUACACAGCAGUACCUUUCUUUUUUUUGGUAACUGAGUUCUGCAACAAUCAUCGAUUCCUCCAUUUAGACAUAAAUGUUAUUGUUUAUUGUCAUAACAAGGA